GAAGUACGACCACUGUCACUGUGAGCUAGGCUAGUUAGCUACCAAGCUGCUUUGAUAUUCACCUUAGAACGGUGGUUAUAACUUAUUCCAACUGUUAUGAAGGUAGUUUAACUGCAAGAAGGUAUUGUUAUGUAGCAACUGUUUCACUGGUUAGCUUUGUCCAGUAGCUGUUAGCUGCUAUAUGUUGCUAAACAUGCUAGGCUAGCAUUUGUCAACAACCCAGGGCAGCUUGAGUUGUGCAGAGACUGCUGAGCUGGUUCACGAUGAAGACCAACAAGUCCUACAAGCUUGUGCUGCACAAGAAAGGGUUUGGUGGAAGUGAUGAUGAGUUGGUCGUCAACCCAAAAGUGUUUCCUCAAGUCAGUCUGAGGGAUAUAAUCGAGAUCGCACACCCCACCGAUGAGUACAGUCCUCUGCUGCUGCAAGUGAAGAACCUAAAAGAGGAUCUUCAGAAAGAGACGAUCAGUGUGGACCAGACUGUUGCACAAGCCUUCAAGCUGCGAGCUUACCAGGAUGUCAUUGUUAACAUCGUCAACCCAAAGGAUGUGACCCUGGACCUGGUGGAGCUGACCUUCAAGGACCAGUACAUCGGCAGAGGAGACAUGUGGAGGCUGAAGAAGAGUCUGGUGAGCACGUGUGCUUAUGUGACACAGAAAGUGGAGUUUGCAGGAAUCAGAGCUCAGGCCAGUGAACUCUGGGUGAAGGGAGAGAAAGUGACCUGUGGCUACAUCAGUGAAGACACCAGGGUGGUGUUCAGAUCUACAUCUGCGAUGGUUUACAUCUUCAUCCAGAUGAGCUGUGAGAUGUGGGACUUUGACAUCUACGGUGAUCUCUACUUUGAGAAGGCUGUCAACGGUUUUCUCUCUGACCUUUUUGCCAAGUGGAAGGAGAAGAACUGCAGCCACGAGGUGACAGUCGUACUUUUCUCACGUACGUUCUACAACGCCAAAACUAUCGAUGAAUUUCCUGAGAUUCUGAGAGCGUCCAUCAGACAGGAUCACGAGGGACGAUUUUAUGAAGACUUUUACAGGGUGGUGGCUCAGAAUGAGAGACGGGACGAGUGGACGUCCUUACUGGUCACCAUCAAGAAGCUCUUCAUCCAGUAUCCUGUCCUGGUGCGGCUCAAAGAAGCAGAUGGUUUUCCUGUCGGUUACAACUCAACUGCUGCUCAGGGAAACUACCUGGAGGCCAUCAACCUUUCCUUUAAUGUGUUCGAUAAGCACUACAUCAACCGCAACUUUGACCGCACCGGCCAGAUGUCGGUGGUCAUCACGCCAGGGGUGGGAGUGUUUGAGGUGGACCGUCUGCUGAUGAUCCUCACCAAACAGAGAAUGAUCGACAACGGUAUUGGGGUGGACUUGGUGUGUAUGGGGGAGCAGCCGUUGCACGCAGUACCGUUAUUCAAGCUGCACAACAGGACGACACCUGGAGACUCUAGAGUGGGAGACGACUAUAACCUUCCUCACUGGAUCAACCACAGUUUCUACACCUCCAAAAGCCAGAAUUCUUGUAGCUCCUUCACCCCUCGGAUCAAACUGGCUGGACGCAAGCUUCAUGCUGAGAAGUUCAAGAGCAGCAAGGAGCACACUCUCUGUGCUCCUAAGGACCCUGAGAACAGCCUUCCUAUCCAGGUGGACUACGACGCCUACGAUGCUCAGGUGUUCAGACUGCCUGGUCCUUCACGAAUCCAGAGGAGCACCAACUUCAGGAUGGGUCGAGACAAAGAGGCGAGCGGGAGGAAGAGCUGGGGCUCGGUGGAGGUCGGCGCUGGCGUUGGCGCCUCCCCUCCGGUUCGUUCUGGAGGUCCGGAGGAGCAGCGCAGCCUGGCCUCUGAUGACAGUCUGGGCCCGGUGUCCAACAUGCUGCUGAUUCCCCGCAUGCCUCCCGCCCAGUAUGAAGUCAGCAGCUCUCUGGGAUACACCAGCACCAGAGAGUUGUUGGAGAAGAUGAUGGACUCCCAGCGUGACUCCAGCGCCCCCGGCAGGUUCACAGUGGGAAGUGCCGAGUCCACCCUGCACAUCCGUCCAGGAGGCUACACCCCCCAGAGGGCGCUCAUCAACCCCUUCACCCCGUCCAGGAUGCCCAUGAAGCUCACCUCCAACCGCCGCCGCUGGAUGCACACCUUCCCUGUCGGUCCUUCUGGAGAGGCGAUCCAGAUCCACCACCAGACCAGGCAGAACAUGGCGGAGCUGCAGGGCAGCCAGCAGAGAGAUCCUGCCCACACGUCUGCUGAGCUGCUGGAGCUGGCCUACCACGAGGCCACGGGCAGGCGAACCACCUCGAGGCACGGCGGAGAGAACGGCCUCUACGUUGGUGGAGGGAUGGAAGAGUUUACUGGGAGUCCAGGGAGCAACAACAGUGGAACUUUAACCAACCGUGGGUCCGCGUUUGAAGACGUUUCCCUCAGUGGAGCUGAACCAACCCUGCUGCUGUCUGCGCCCCCGACAGUGCCCAGCUUCUGCUGCACAGUAGGGGUGGACUGGAAGUCUCUGACCACGCCCGCCUGCCUGCCGCUCACCACCGACUACUUCCCCGACCGCCAGACGCUGCAGAACGACUACACUGAAGGCUGCUACGACCUGCUGCCACACAGCGACCUGGAGAGGCGAGAAGAUGAAGCUCCAGUGAUGAGUGCGUCUCAGGUGUUUGAGGAGUUUAUCUGCCAGAGGUUGAUGCAGGGAUACCAGAUCAUCGUCCAGCCCAACAACAGGAAGCAGCAGCCGGCCGUGGCCACGCCCCUCGGCAGCAGCCCUCUCUACUCCAGAGGUUUGGUGUCUCUGCGUCGAGCGGAGGAGGAGGAGACGGUCUACUGGCUCAGUAUGGGACGCACCUUCCAUAAAGUUUGCCUCAAAGACAAGAUCAUCACCGUCACUCGCUACCUGCCCAAGUACCCGUACGAGUCAGCUCAGAUCCAGUACAGCUACAGUCUGUGUCCUCCUCAUUCUGAUGCUCAGUUCGUGUCCUGCUGGGUGGAGUUCGGCCACGAGAGGCUGGAGGAAUACAAGUGGAACUACCUGGACCAGUACAUCUGCUCUGCUGGCUCCGAGGACUUCAGUUUGAUCGACUCUCUGAAGUUCUGGAGGACGCGCUUCCUGCUGCUGCCAGCAGGGGGAGCGAGGCGUGUGGCGGACGGCGAGGGCCACUGGGACGUCUACGGCGAGGGGGCGGGGUCGGGGGUCGGCGGCGGCGGGGACUGGGUCCUGCUGGACGGCUUCAUCCGCUUCCUGGAGGGUCUGAACCGCAUCCGGCGCCGCCACCGCUCCGACAGGAUCAUCAGAAAGGGUACUCCAAUGAAAGGCCUGCAGGUGACCAGUCCUCUCCCUCCGUACCCCCCUGAGCCGGUGGUGCCCCCGCAGGGCAAGAAAGGCACGUCAGCGUUAUCGGCCCUGCUGGAGAUGGACCAGAACCAGAGGACUCUGGAGGAGCAGCAGCAGCAGGCGAAGCCCCCAGCAGCCGUCAGCGACUCCUCCAGCGCCGCCACCGCUCCCUCAUACGUGGACUCACCCCGCAAGGACGCUGCCUUUAUUUUGGAUUUUAUACGUAGCCCUCGCUCCUCCUACAUCUAUCACUCUCAGCUGCCUGCUGAGGGCAGCGAGGUGGCAGUUCAGUCAGGAGGGACGAGUGGAGCAGCUGCACCUCCUGCAGGAGAGACGGCAGCCAGCAGCACCACAGACACCAGUGGGCCGUCUGCAGUGGGAGCUCUCUCUCUGUCCUCCUCAUCAACACUCAUGGAGAUCCUGGAGGCCAUCAAACAUCCCAUGACAGGUGUCCAGCUGCUGCCGGAGCAGAAAGGUCUCCCGCUCAACUGCUUCAUCAGCGCCGAGGUCGUUCAUUGGCUGGUCAACAACGUGGAGGGCGUGGCCACUCAGGGCAUGGCUGUGGACAUCAUGCAGAAGAUGCUGGAUGAAGGCGUGGUGGCGCACGCUUCUGGAGACGCCAUGCGCACCUUCGUCUACGGGUUCUACUUCUACAGGAUCGUGGGGGAGAAGGACGGCCCGUCCUCCCAGCUGCCCUCGGCGGCGUCUGGCGGCUGGUCUGCUGCAGCCCUGGAGGACUUCGCUCUGUUCCAGAGGAAGUGGUUCGAGGUGGCCUUCGUGCUGGAGGAGCGGCGCCCCUGCGACCUGCCGGCCUUCCUGCUGCCCUGGCUGCCCAGCCGGCCCGCCUCCUACGCAAGUAGGCACAGCUCCUUCAGCCGCAGCUUUGGAGGACGCAGCCAGGCCGCCGCACUACUAGCUGCUACCGUCCCGGAGCAGAAGACGGUGACUCUGGAUGUGGACGUCAACAACCGCAGCGACCGGACGGAGUGGUGCAGCUGUUAUUACCACGGGAACUUCUCCCUCAACUCUGCCUUUGAGAUCAAGCUGCACUGGAUGGCUGUGACUGCUGCGGUGCUCUUUGAGAUGGUCCAAGGCUGGCACAGGAAGGCAGCGUCCUGCGGCUUCCUGCUGGUCCCCGUGCUGGAGGUCCCCUUUGCUCUGACGUCGUACCUGUACGGGGACCCGCUGAGAGCUCAGCUCUUCAUCCCUCUCAACAUCCACUGCCUGCUGAAGAACAGCAGCGACAACCUGUUUGAAGGAUUUGAGCCGGAGACGUACUGGGACAGGAUGCAGCUCUUCCAGGAGGCCAUCCUCUACAGAUUUGGCUUUGUGCACGACAAGUUUUCUGCCUCAGCGUUUAAUUUCCCGUCUGAGAACAAGCCUCAGUACAUCCACGUGACAGGUACGGUGUUCCUGCAGCUGCCGUACUCCAAGAGGAAGUACUCCAGCGGGCAGCAGCGGCGGCGGAGGAACUCCACCACCUCCAACAGCCAGGGCCCGUUCGGCGGCGAGGAGCGUGUGGGCUACUACUGGGCCUACAACACCAUGCUGACCAAGGCCUGGAGGACCGGCGUGCUGGGGGACGAGCGCCUCGCCGACCGCCUGCUCAGAGACUUCACUGACUUCUGCUCUAACAAGGACAACAGACUGCUGAACCUGUGGGACGGCUGCCAGGACAAGAUGAACGCCAGCGCUCCCUGACAGCAGCACACACGCAGGAACAGGAGAUCCUGAGACUCUUUUUAAUCUUAAUUUAUCAGAGUUCAACACUGUGUUGGUCUGCUGCUCCUCUGACCUCGGGGAGAGACGAACGAACGCCUUAAGAGCAGAAACUGUGUUCUGUUACUGCUUUGUUCAUUGCACAAUAUAAAUAAUAAGACACAGAAUCAUUUGAAAGUUUGUUUUUUUCA